CCUUCUGGCGGUUGAUCGCAGAGGUUCCGGUGAGGCGUUCGGCGUGUGAGCUCUGCGGCUUCGUUUCCUGAUAUGCACCGACCGAAUUUUCGACCCCCAACUCCUCCGUACCCCAGCCCGGGGAUAGGAGGUUGGGGUGGCGGAAAUAACUUCCGGGGUGCCCUGGGCGGGGGGCCGCGGCCGCCCUCCCCGCGGGACGGGUACGGGAGUCCGCACCACACUCCGCCCUGCGGGCCCCGGGCUAGGCCGUACGGGAGCAGCCAGUCUCCGCGGCACGGCGGCAACUUCUCGGGGGCCCGCUUCGGGUCUCCGUCCCCGGGCGGCUACCCAGGCUCCUACUCCAGGUCCCCCGCGGGGUCCCAGCAUCAGUUCGGCUACUCCCCAGGGCAGCAGCAGACCUACCCCCAGGGUUCUCCAAGGACAUCUACACCAUUUGGAUCAGGGCGUGGUAGAGAAAAAAGAAUGUCUAAUGAGUUGGAAAGUUAUUUUAAGCCUUCAAUGCUUGAAGACCCUUGGGCUGGCCUAGAACCAGUGUCUGUAGUGGAUAUAAGCCAACAGUACAGCAAUACGCAAACAUUCACAGGCAAAAAAGGAAGAUACUUUUCUUAAUAUUUCUGAAAUUCACCUGGAAGCUUCAUGUGUCAGGAACAUCCUGGACAGAACUUUUACUUGUGUAAAAGAGUUGAACCCAAGGAUGAUGACUUUGAAUAAUGAUUAGCAGACCUUUGGUAUAUCUCCAACUUUAUCAAGUGUUGAUAACAGCGGAAAUGAUAGGACAAUUUACAGUAUUUAGCUAUCUGGGAGUGUGUAUCAUAGAACACAGUUUUCAUAUUUGACAUUUCCAAUAUAACAGACAUUUGUUUUUUUCAAUGUUUUAAAAUAAAACGUUUUUUGUCUUCCUAAUUGUGAUUUUUGUGAAUAUGUAGAAUUGCUAAAACAAUGCUUCAGUAAUCACUUAGACUUUGAGGGUAAAUGUUUUGCAAACUAUUUUUUAAUGAAAUGACAAGCUAUCUUAGACAGUUUUCUAUAUAUUUAUUAAUAGAAAAUAGUUCUACAUCCAUUUUUUUGUAUUUUUGUUAAGAUAUUGAAACUUAAAAUCACUGGAAGUCACUUAAUAUGAUUUAUACUUCUUUAUUCACAAAAGGCCAGAAUAAACUAUAUAUAUGCAGUUCAGUGCUCUGCCCAAAUUUCUCUAUAUUUGGAGCAUUGUAGGCUUACUUUCUCUUGAAGCAAAAGAAGGUGGUAUGUUGAUUUUCAUUGUGAUAAAAUGCCAAAGGAAAACCAAGGAGGGACUUUGGUUCAUAGUUUCUAAAGUUCCAGUGGAAGUUCAGCUGGAUCUAUUAGUUGGUCUUGAGGUGAAUCAAAAUAUGUCUGCGGAUAUGGCAAAAGCUGUUCACCUUUGGCAACCAAGCUGCAGAAAGACAGGAGGAGGCCAGGGAUAAGAGGAGCCUUUCUAGAGCAACUUUGCCUGUCUCUACCUCCCAGUGAUAACAUCAUGUGACCCAUUAAGGUAUUAGUCCACUUAGGAAGUAAAUACCCUGACAAUCUCAUCACUUCCCUGUGACCAGACAAGCCUUCAACACAUGACCCAUUUGGGCAGACACUUCAUAUCCAUACCACAACAAAUGACUAAUAGUAAUCUCAAAUGACUUCCAUGACAACGAAAUAAAUAUAUAUUUGACUCCAUCAAACCAAAGAAGACAAAUGAUAAUGCAAGUUUACUGUGUCUGAGACAGUAAGGCCUAAUUAUCUUGACUCAUAGACACAUUUUUUUAAUAUUUUUUAUUAGAUAUUUUCUUUAUAUACAUUUCAAAUGCUAUCCCGAAAGUUCCCUAUACCCUCCCCCCAGCCCUGCUCCCCUACAAGAAGCUCACUCCAGCUUCUUGGCCCUGGUGUUCCCCUGUACUGAGGCAUAUAAAGUUUGCAAGAGCAAGGGGCCUCUCUUCCCAGUGAUGGCCGACUAGGCCAUCUUCUGCUACAUAUGCAGCUAGAGACACGAGCUGUGGGGGUACUGGUUAGUUCAUAUUGUUGUAUGGACACAUUUCUAAUCUGAGGAAGAGUUCUAUGAACUUUAGCUUACUUUGCCUGGCUGGAGUACAAGGAAAGGGAUGCUAUGUAUAUAUACCUGUAUUAAUAGAGCUAAAACUUGGAGGAGUAUUCCUGAGUUAUUUAAAGUCAAGUCUUGAACAGUACAGUAUGUUUAAAAAAAUUGUCGACAUUCUCCAAAAGGAAAAUGAAAUGGCCAUUCCACCUAGGUAAGCCAUAACUAUUUGUUAUUGGGGUGGGGACCCACUGGAAGGAUUUUAUGCAAAUAAAACCUCCACUGGAGCCAGAGCUUUGAAACUUUUCUACUAGUUAUUAGCUAGAUAUCCCAGUUUUAUCAUGUAAAAUGAGGAAAUUCAUAGUACUUGUCUUCAUUUAACCCUAUAUUCUGAGUUUUUAGAAUACUGCCUAUAAAAUAACGGGCACUAAGUAAAUGUUUAAUCAAUACAUGAAUUCUGGUUGUAACUGUUAUAUUGCUCUGCCUAGUCUCAUGUGUAAAGGGGUUAAUAGAGGGAUGUUAUGUGGCUAUUUGAAAGAAAACGUCCAUACUCAACAUCUUGGGUUUUUUUCCAUAUAUUUUAUAUUUGAUACUUAUUGAAAUUCAUAAAUAAAAAAUAACACUUGAAAACAAUUACU